AUGUCUCGGAUUUUUGACCCACUAGGACUUCUAGGUCCAUGCAUUAUCCUAGCAAAGGUUUUAAUGCAGAAACUGUGGCUUGAAAAACUAUCUUGGGAUGAAUCGUUGUCAGUAGAGUUACACUUGCAGUGGUCAGAAUAUAGGGCACAACUUCCUUAUCUCAACAUGAUCAAAAUACCUAGACGAAUUCUUUGCACGGAGCCUGUAGAGAUUCAAUUACAUGGUUUUUCGGAUGCUUCUAAGACUGCAUAUGGAGCAUGUAUUUAUCUUAGGUCCAAGGAUAUAGAUUGCAACAUUUACACAAAUUUUCUUUGUUCCAAAUCUAGGGUUGCGUCGUUGCAGACUCAGUCUAUUACUCGACUGGAACUUUGUGGGGCUCUGGAAUGGGCUAGACUAUGCUCCAAGGUCACACUCUCGCUUGAUUUAUCGAUUACCAAAAUUUAUCUUUGGUGCGAAGCAACAAUAGUAUUAGGUUGGCUCAAAAAAAAACCAAGCACUCUCCCAAUAUUCGAAUCGAACAGAGUUAGCAAAAUUCAAGGAUUGACAAGGACUGAGUCCUGGAGGCAUGUGCGCAGUGAAGAUAAUCCAGCAGAUUGUAUUUCUAGAGGUGUAGCUCCAAAUAUAUUGGAAGCCUCAAAAUUGUGGUGGGAAGCUUCAAAUUUUCUUAGAAAGGCCGAAAGGGAGUGGCUGUCAAUUUCCCUUUCAAUCAAUGAACCACCUGAAGUUAAGCAAUGCUACAAUGUAGUUACCAAAAACGAAAUUAAGGAGGAUUAUAUUAUGAUCAAGAGCUUCUCCAGUUUUAGUCGUCUGAUAAGAGUAGUAGUCUAUUAUGAGCGCGGAAUGAUUAGAGUUGGCAGUAGGCUUAGUAACUCCCAAUUCGACAGAGAAAAGAAACAUCCUAUAGUUUUGUUAGCAACCGACGAUUUCGCAAGGCUUCUUUUCAUUAGAGAGCAUCAACGAUUGCUCCAUGCCGGUCCUCAAUUGUUGCUCUCAUCUAUACGUGAAAGAUUUUGGCCCAUAGGAGGUCGGAACAUGGCGCGAAAGGUGGUAAUGGAAUGUGUAAAUUAUUUAAAAGUGAAUCCAAGGUCGGUCAAUCCAAUGAUGGGUGACUUAUCUGAAUCUAGAGUUACUUCUUCACCACCUUUCCACGUCACAGGUGUCGAUUAUGCAGGUACCUUCAUUAUAAAGGACAGAAAAGGAAAAUUUGCCAAAACCAGUAAAUGCUACGUAAGCCUAUUUGUUUUUUUUUCCACCAAGGCCUUACACUUAGAGCUUGUCUCUGAUACUACGUCAGAAACUUUUAGAGCAAGUUUGCUUCGUUUUACAUCUAGAGGAGGAAAACCUGCUCAUAUGUAUUCCGAUAAUGGAACAAAUUUCGUUGGGGCAAGAAAUGAGCUUGAGCUACUCGGUAAGUUCCUACUUCGGGAUAGUAACAACUUGGUAGAAAAAAUCAAGAAUAUGGAAAUCACGUGGCACUUCAUUCCAGCUUAUUCACCGCAUUUUGGAGAGGGUUUGCUCCAUUCCAGUCCAAUAACACCACUUUCUCCAGAUCCUAACGACUUUUCUCCUUUGACUCCUGCUCAUUUUUUAAUCGGAAGACGGCUUACUUCAAUUGCUAAUACAGAUUUAAGCCAUUUGCCAGAAAAUAGAUUAUCCAGGUGGCAAUUAAUACAACGACUACAGCAGCAUUUUUGGGCGAGAUGGAGCAAGGAAUAUAUUUCAGAACUUCAAAAAAGAGUCAAAUGGAAGCAGCCUUAUCCAGAGAUUGAGGAAAAUUCUCUGGUUUUAAUAAAGGACAAAAUACUUCCUCCGUUACGAUGGAAGUUAGGAAGAAUCAUUCAACUGCAUCCUGGAAUGGACGGAAUAGCUCGUAUUGCUACCGUUCGAUUUUCUACUGAUACUACUCGAGUCCCACUUCAUAAACUGUGCCCAUUACUUAUUGAUUAA